CAGGGAGGGAGUUAUAUAGAUUGUGUUUGCAUUCUAAUCUAGAAUUUUAGUACAGCAUCGGUUCGGUUCAGAUCAACCAACCGGAUAAGACACACAAUUUAGUUCUUGUGAUUUUGUAAUCAGUACUGUAUCGGUUUGGUUCGGGUUGAUUAACCAUGGACAUGAUUAAGAGUUUAAGACACCCAAUUUAGUUCUGGUGAUUUUGUAAUCAGUAUUUUUCUUUUGUAUAUAAUAAGGGGUAAUUUGGACAUUUUGUCCCAUAGAUUCAGAAUUUUCCUGUUAAAGAUCAACCGAAUCUCAGCUUAAUAAUCCCCAACGGCUACAUUAAAUGAAAAAUGGAAAUUAUCUUUAAUCUGAUCUAUAAAUAAACCCUAAUCCUUCCCUAAAAUAACUCGCACUUGUCUGAUCUCUCUUCGUCACUCAAACUUGUCUUCUCUCUCUGUAUUUGGCAGUAAACAAACAACAACAAUGGAUUCUUCUUCUUCUUCGAGAAACAACAAGAAGGUCAAUAAAUUUUCCGUGAGAAAGCCAACCCUAUUCAAGAAACCAUUUACCAGUUUGUUCGAAAGACAAGAGACGAUUCUGAGAAAAGCUGGCGAGCUCUCCACUCUCUGCGAUAGCCUAAUUUGCGUUAUACAUUACGAUCGUCUCGGAAACCUCGUGAAAACUUGGCCCGAAGAUGAGUCCCAAGUCCAAGGCGUCGCCGAAAGAUACAGCAAACUCACCCACGAAGAGAAACAAAAGAAGAGCACCAAUCUUUCAAAGUUCUGUAACAAGAAGAUGCACGACGAGAAGAAGAGAUUUUCAAUUAAAUUCUCACAGAAAGUCCAAGAACUCGAAGGUUCCUUGGUGGACAAGUUACAGCUAUUACAAGACAUACUUCUUCGUGAAGAUCAGAGCAUUAUGUCAGAACAAAACCACAACUUUCCCAAUUAUUCUUCUGUUCCUGAUCAUCAACAACAGAGUGUAUCAGCAACAAGUACCGAGCAAGACAUGAGUCGUGGUGAUGUUUAUAACUCUGCCGCAGCAACUGAUCAGUUGUUGAAUCAUCAGAGUAAAUAUUCAAUCUUUCUGUUUAACCACGAAAACGCUAGUUUUACUCAAUUGCCUCACUCUGUUUCCUCAAGCCUUCAGCAAACCUAUUACAACAAUCUCAGUGACAACAGGGCUUUGCUUGGGGGACAAGGCUUCAACUUUGGCUUUGGCAACAACAAUGUCACUACUGCUUUACCUGAGGAGCAAGUUAACUUUGGAUACUACAACAACAGUCUCAAUAAUACGCAAGGCUUCAACUUUGGGUAUGACUUCAACAAUCUCUGUAUAUGAUUCUUAUUCUUCGUUUAUAUUCUUCAUUCAAGUCCUUAUUUUUGUUUUGUUUUGUUUCUGUGAUAUACGAUUUGACUAAUCUCAUUACUCCUUUUGUUACAUAAUAUAAUAUAUAACCUUUAGGAUCACAUCGAAUUUUGUUUUCAUCCAACAACCAACAAGGCCUGAUCAGAAAGAUCUUCGUUGUUUAGUAUCUCUCUCGAAAGAUAUGAUUGGUAUAUCGAUAUUGUUGUCACUAAUAGCUCUUUUAACUCAAAGUCAAGC